AUGAAUAUUGAUUUUCCCACAGGUAUUGCGAAAAUUUCAUGUGGAGAUCAAUCAGUAGAAAUUAAAAUUUUUGAGGUAUCAAAUGAUCUUAAGAAAUCCCAAGUAUAUGAUUGUCAUACCAUAGAUCUUCUAGAUGAUUUUGAUGAUCUAGAUGUUAUUGAUGACUGUGUGCUGGAAGAAUUAGAGGAAAUAGAGAAUAUAAAUUUAGAAGAAAAGAAAGAGGAAGAUCAUCUGAAUUUAGAGUUGAAACCUCUCCCCUCUAGUUUAAAAUAUAUGUUUUUGGAGGAAAAUAAUUCAUUUCCUGUUAUUAUUGCAGCUGAUUUGAGUAAUGAACAGGAAGAAGAAUUAUUAGAUGUACUUCGAAAAAAUAAGAAGGCUAUGGGCUGGAAAAUGGACGAUCUAAGGGGCAUUGAUAUGAGAGUAUGCAUGCAUAGUAUAUAUUUAGAGGAGGGGGCUAGAACUAGCAGGGAACCACAACGAAGAUUAAAUCCUAACAUGAUGGAAAUUGUAAAAAAUGAAAUUUUAAAGUGGCUGGCUGCUGAUAUUAUUUACCCUAUUUCAGAUAGCAAAUGGGUUAGUCCUACACAAGUAGUGCCAAAAAAAUCAGGGAUCACGGUUAUAAAAAACGAAAAUGGGGAGGAAAUACAAACAAGACUAACUACCGGUUGGAGAGUUUGCAUUGAUUAUAGAAAAUUAAAUUCAGUUACUAGAAAAGAUCAUUUUCCCCUACCAUUUACUGAUCAAAUUUUAGAAAAAUUAGCUGGAAAAAACUUUUUUUGUUUUCUAGAUGGAUACUCUGGUUAUAAUCAAAUUUAUAUAAACCCUUUAGAUCAAGAAAAAACAACUUUCACUUGUCCAUUUGGUACUUUUGCUUUUAAACGCAUGCCUUUUGGUCUGUGUAAUGCUCCAGCCACAUUUCAAAGAUGUAUGCUGUCUAUUUUUUCUGAUAUGAUUGGAAAAUGCAUGGAAAUUUUUAUGGACGAUUUUUCUGUUUUUGGUGAAUCAUUUGAUGAAUGCUUAAAUCAUUUACAGCAUGUACUUGAGAAAUGCAUAGAGAAAAAAUUAGUUUUGAGUUGGGAGAAAUCACAUUUUAUGGUUAAAGAGGGAGUUGUGUUGGGUCAUAUUGUGAGUGAAAAGGGUUUAGAGGUGGAUAGAGCAAAAAUCGAUAUUAUAUCUAAAAUGAAACCUCCGAAUUCAGUAAAACAGAUUAGAUCUUUCUUGGGUCAUGCAGGUUAUUACAGAAAAUUUAUUCAAGAUUUUUCGAAAAUUUCUAAACCUCUCACCAUGCUAUUAUCUAAAGAUGUGCCUUUUAAUUUUGAUGAGAAAUGUUUUGAGUCUUUUUCCGAAAUAAAAAGAUUACUUACUGAGGCACCCAUUUUACAAGCUCCUGAUUGGUCCCUUCCCUUUGAAAUAAUGUGUGACGCAUCGAAUUAUGCAGUGGGGGCCGUUCUAGGACAAACAAAAGAGUCAAAACCCAUAGUAAUUUCAUAUGCUAGUAAAACUAUAUCUGAUGCUCAAUUAAAUUAUACCACGACUGAAAAAGAAUUGUUAGCUGUAGUAUUUUCGUUAGAAAGGUUUAGAUCAUAUAUUUUGGGAGCUAAAAUUAUUAUUUAUACUGAUCAUGCAGCAUUAAAAUAUCUGUUAAAUAAGAAAGAUGCAAAGCCACGUUUAUUAAGAUGGAUUUUAUUGUUGCAAGAAUUUGACUUAGAAAUAAAAGAUAAAAAGGGUUUCGAGAAUGUUGUUGCUGACCAUCUUUCUAGAUUAAGUGAUACAGGAAUAAAUGCAGCACCUUUACAAGACGCAUUUCCAGAUGAACAAUUGAUGGCAGCUCAACAUCAACCAUCACCAUGGUAUGCACAUAUUGUUAAUUUUCUGGUUUCUGGAAAAACUCCAGAACAGUGGGAUAAGAACAGAAAAAAUCAUUUCUUUUCUAAGAUUAGAAAUUAUUUUUGGCAUGAUCCUGAUUUAUAUUACUUGGGCAAUGAUCAAAUUUUAAGGAGAUGUGUUCCUGAAGAAGAAUAUCAUAGCAUUAUUAACAUGUGUCAUUCAUCUAACUGUGGAGGACAUUUCUCUGGACGAAAAACAGCUGCAAAAAUUUUCCAGUGCGGUUUUUAUUGGCCUACAAUCAUUAGAGAUUCUAUAG